AUGGGUCGCACGAAGCACGCGGUGGCGGCGACGGCGGCGACGACGGAGACGAAGAAGCGGCUCCGCUUCGAGCUCUCCCCGCGCUGGAGGCCGCCGCCGGCGCUGCGCCAGGUACCGCCGGAGCCGCAGCCGGAGAAGAAGAAGAAGCGGGCGUACCGGUUCCGGCCGGGCACGGUAGCGCUGCGGGAGGUCAGGAAGUACCAGAAGUCCACCGGGCCGCUCAUCCCCUUCGCGCCCUUCGUCCGCCUGGUUAAGGAGAUCACCGACGACUUGACGAAGGGCGAGAUGAACCACUGGACUCCUCAGGCGCUCUUCUCGUUGCAGGAGUUGAUACAUCUGUUUAGCACCAUGAUUGUUCUUUGGUGGCUGGAUUUAUCUGUAUCCACUAUCCAGUACAACGACACAAGUGCUUUUAUAGAACUAUACAAGAUUGCUAGUGCAUGGCUGCAGAGUAUCACAUAG